AUGGACACCAACAAUGGCAGCGAUGGUGAUAGCUCCGGCAACAGAAUCCAAGGUGAGUUGAGUAGUGUAGAAGAUGAUAAUGCUACAGCUGGUAAUGAUAGUUAUAGUGAUGGUGGUGGUGGUGAUGAUGAUGAUGGUGAUGAUGGUGUUCAUGAGAGUUUGCUCUCCUCCGCUCGCGUCUCGCGUCUCCGCCUGCAUCUCGCUCGCGUCUCUGUCUCUGUCUCGAGCUGUGCUUCCUGCAGCCGUGAGCUGUGCUUCCCUGAUGUGCUCCACUGCUUCCCUGCCGUGAGCUCUCUUCGUGCUCCAAAGGAACUUGAACAGCAAACUAUGGCAUCUUUCAAAGAAGAUCAUGGGAAGACACUCAUUCCUUCAAGGAAGCCUCAGACAGUAAUUGUUGCAAGGAGGCCGGAUUCUGGUGGGAAAGAAGGUUCUGUCAUCUCUCUUCUAGCCAACCACUUUUUGGUGCAGUUCGAUUCAUCGCAGAAGAUAUAUCAUUACAAUGUUGAGAUCACUCCGCAUCCCUCCAAGGAGGUUGCAAGAGCAAUCAAACAGAAUUUGGUAGAUAGAAAUUCUGAUCUACUCUCUGGUGCUCUGCCGGCAUAUGAUGGAAGGAAGAACCUGUAUAGUCCGGUCGAGUUCCAAAACGAUAAGCUUGAAUUCUACAUAAGCCUUCCAAUUCCCACAAGCAAAUUGUCAUCAAAUUAUGGAGAUGUGUAUGACUCGAAAGAGAAGCAUGAAAAACUCAAAUUGUUUAGGAUCAAUGUCAAACUAGUCUCCAAGAUCAAUGGGAAGGAGCUAAGUAGUUACUUGAGCAAAGAGGGUGAUGAUUGGAUUCCCCUUCCACAGGAUUAUCUCCAUGCUUUAGAUGUGGUUCUGAGGGAAAGUCCGACCGAGAAAUGCAUACCUGUAGGAAGGUCUUUCUACUCGAAUUCAAUGGGAAGAAGCAAAGAUAUUGGUGGUGGAGCAGUUGGACUGAGAGGUUUCUUUCAGAGUCUUAGGCCAACCCAACAAGGACUUGCUCUAAAUGUAGAUUUCUCAGUAACUGCUUUCCAUGAAAGCAUAGGAGUGAUACCAUACUUGCAGAAACGGCUCGAGUUUCUCCGAGACCUUUCUCAAAAGAAGACAGCACAAUUAACUGCUGAAGAGAGGAAGGAAGUGGAAAAGGCAUUGAAGAACAUCAGGAUCUUUGUUUGCCAUAGAGAAACGGUUCAAAGGUACCGAGUCUACGGCUUAACUGAGGACAUUACUGAAAAUCUCUGGUUUGCAGACAGAGAUGGAAGGAAUCUGAGGCUUUUGACUUACUUCAAAGAUCACUAUAACUAUGACAUACAAUUUAGGAAACUUCCAUGCUUGCAAAUUAGCAGGAGUAAGCCUUGUUAUCUCCCUAUGGAGCUUUGUGUGAUCUGUGAAGGCCAGAAGUUCCUCGGAAAGCUCUCCGAUGAUCAAACAGCAAGAAUUCUCAAGAUGGGGUGCCAAAGACCAGGGGAAAGGAAAACCAUCAUUGAAGGAGUCAUGCGAGGGCAAGUUGGACCCACCAGUGGAGACCAGGAAAGAGAAUUCAAACUCAAUGUCUCAAGAGAAAUGACGAGAUUAACUGGGAGAAUUCUCCACCCUCCAAAGCUGAAGCUAGGAGAGGGAGGUCAUGUGAGGAACCUCACUCCUUCGCGGCAUGAUCGGCAGUGGAACCUGCUCGAUGGCCAUGUUUUUGAAGGGACUAAAAUCGAAAGGUGGGCGCUCAUGAGUUUUGGUGGUACCUCCGAGCAGAAGUCCAAUAUCCCCAGAUUCAUAAACCAGUUAACUCAAAGAUGUGAACAACUGGGAAUUUAUCUCAACAAGAACACCGUUAUUAGCCCCCAAUUUGAAUCAAGCCAGGUUCUCAACAAUCCCCUCCUUCUGGAAUCAAAGCUCAAGAAAAUACAGAGGAGCGCCUCAAACAACCUCCAGCUUCUGAUCUGCAUAAUGGAGAGAAAACAUAAAGGGUAUGCUUUCUUGAAGAGAAUAGCCGAGACGAGUGUUGGCGUUGUAAGCCAGUGCUGCCUGUAUCCGAAUCUGAGCAAGUUAAGUUCACAGUUCUUGGCAAAUUUGGCCCUCAAAAUCAAUGCCAAAGUUGGUGGAUGCACGGUUGCUCUCUACAACUCGCUGCCUUCUCAGAUACCUCGCCUCUUCCAGAUUGACGAGCCGGCAAUUUUCAUGGGAGCCGAUGUAACACAUCCUCACCCUCUUGAUGAUUUUAGUCCAUCCGUUGCUGCUGUUGUUGGCAGCAUGAAUUGGCCAACAGCAAACAAGUACAUUUCAAGAAUAAGGUCUCAAACACACAGACAAGAAAUCAUCCAGGAUCUUGGCUCAAUGGUUGGUGAGUUGCUGGAAGAUUUCUACCACGAAGUAGAGAAACUCCCCGGUCGUAUAAUCUUCUUUCGCGACGGUGUCAGUGAGACUCAAUUCUACAAAGUGCUGCAAGAGGAACUGCAAUCCAUCAGAACAGCAUGUUCAAGGUUCCAGGACUACAAACCUCUCAUUACUUUUGCCGUCGUGCAGAAGAGGCACCACACAAGGUUGUUUCCCUUUGAACUUGACCAAUCCUCAACUCAGAACCAUUUCUUGUAUGAAAACAUCCCUCCAGGGACCGUGGUAGAUUCCGUGAUCACUCAUCCGAAGGAAUUCGAUUUCUACCUAUGCAGCCAUUGGGGUGUUAAAGGAACGAGCAGGCCAACACAUUACCAUGUUUUGUGGGAUGAAAACCAAUUCACCUCAGAUGAACUUCAGAAGCUAGUUUACAAUUUGUGCUACACCUUUGUUAGGUGCACGAAACCAAUUUCUUUGGUUCCUCCUGCAUAUUAUGCACAUUUAGCUGCAUAUAGAGGAAGACUCUACCUUGAGAGAUCUUCAGAAUCAUUAGGUUUGUUCAAAGGUUCAUCAACAUUAUCAAGAGCUGCUCCUCCAAAAACAGCACCUUUACCUAAACUUAGUGAAAAUAUCAAGAAGCUAAUGUUCUAUUGUUAGUGAGAUAUUAUUUGGUUUAGGAUACAGUUAAUGCUGACUAAUAUGCGGUGAUAAAAAUGUAAUGUUCUAAUUAUAAUAUUAAUAGCUAACCCAAAAGUUCUCAAA